CCGCCCCCGCGGCGCCGCCGAGCCGACAAGAUGGCGGCGGGUGGGAGCGGCGGGCGCGCGUCUUGCCCGCCGGGGGUCGGGCCUGGCGCGGGGGGCGGCCCGGGUCCCAGCGCCAACGCGGCCGCCGCCGCCCCCUCGGCGCCCCCGGCCCCCGGGAACGCGGCCGCCGCCGCCCCGGGCCCCGCCGCCCCCGGGCCGCCCCCGCCGGGCCCCGGGCCGAGCGCACAGGCCGCGACGGGCGCGGAGCGGGCGGCCGAGGAGGCGGCGGGGCCCGGGGCGGCGCUGCUGCGCGAGCCCGUGUACAACUGGCAGGCCACCAAGCCCACGGUCAAGGAGCGCUUCGCCUUCCUCUUCAACAACGAGGUGCUCUGCGACGUCCACUUCCUGGUGGGCAAGGGCCUCAGCUCGCAGCGCAUCCCGGCGCACAGGUUCGUGCUGGCCGUGGGCAGCGCCGUCUUCGAUGCGAUGUUCAACGGGGGGAUGGCCACCACGUCCACGGAGAUCGAGCUUCCCGACGUGGAGCCUGCCGCCUUCCUGGCCCUGCUGAAGUUUCUUUACUCAGAUGAGGUUCAGAUCGGGCCUGAGACGGUCAUGACAACCCUGUACACCGCCAAGAAGUACGCCGUGCCCGCCCUCGAGGCCCACUGCGUGGAGUUCCUGAAGAAGAACCUGCGUGCCGACAACGCCUUCAUGCUCCUCACGCAGGCGCGACUCUUCGAUGAGCCGCAGCUGGCCAGCCUGUGCCUGGAGAACAUUGACAAGAACACAGCCGACGCCAUCACUGCCGAGGGCUUCACUGACAUCGACCUGGACACGCUGGUGGCCGUCCUGGAGCGCGACACACUGGGCAUCCGUGAGGUGCGCCUAUUCAAUGCCGUCGUGCGCUGGUCUGAGGCCGAGUGCCAGCGGCAGCAGCUGCAGGUUACGCCUGAGAACAAGCGCAAGGUGCUGGGCGCGGCCCUGGGCCUCAUCCGCUUCCCGCUGAUGACCAUCGAGGAGUUUGCCGCAGGCCCCGCACAGUCCGGCAUCCUCAUGGACCGCGAGGUGGUCAGCCUCUUCCUGCACUUCACGGUCAACCCCAAGCCACGCGUGGACUUCAUCGACCGGCCGCGCUGCUGUCUACGCGGGAAGGAGUGCAGCAUCAACCGCUUCCAGCAGGUGGAGAGCCGCUGGGGCUACAGCGGGACCAGCGACCGCGUCAGGUUCUCAGUGAACAAACGCAUCUUCGUGGUGGGCUUUGGCCUCUACGGGUCCAUCCAUGGGCCCACCGACUAUCAAGUCAACAUCCAGAUCAUCCACACGGACAGCAACACCGUCCUGGGCCAGAAUGACACGGGCUUCAGCUGCGACGGCUCCGCCAGCACGUUCCGCGUAAUGUUCAAGGAGCCCGUGGAGGUGCUGCCCAGCGUCAACUACACAGCCUGCGCCACACUCAAGGGCCCGGACUCACACUACGGCACCAAAGGCCUGCGCAAGGUGACCCAUGAGUCGCCCACAACGGGCGCCAAGACCUGCUUCACCUUCUGCUACGCAGCCGGCAACAACAACGGCACAUCCGUGGAGGAUGGCCAGAUCCCUGAGGUCAUCUUCUACACCUAGUGUCUGCACCCCGACCUCACGCCACUGGCCCAUCCAGCACCCCUCGGGGACCUGUGUGGACGCUGGUCAGGGCACUGUGGGGUGGGGCAGGAGGGGGCCCACUGGACCCCUGCCCAGUGCCCCCGCCCAGCCCCUGUCAGAGCUGGAGCCGCCAGGCCUGACUGUGGGGCGCGCAGGAGUUGUCGUGUUUUAUUUUUUUAUGCACAUUGCAAUGCAUUCUGGGUUCCGUUUCCUGGUAGAGACAUUUUAGGGGGCUCAUGGUGCGUUUGGUCUGAAACAGUCGUGUUUUCCUGUGUUCUUGUCCAUUCCCAGGGCCUUCCAGGCCCAGCUGGCCGUGUGCUCCAAGGCCCCCCUGACCCAGCCAUCUGCCCCUGGGGAGUGAGGGCUCUGGGGGGGCUGGGCCCCCCACCCAGCCUCAAGCGGGCAAGGGUUUGCUGGUUUCAUUCUCGUCCAUCCAGGGCCUGGCGGUGACCCUUCUGCCUGGGGGUGGGGCUGUCCUGCAACAUCUGGGCCCUGAGGCACAGCGUGGGGUCUGUCCCCAUGGGCCUGACGGGGUCUGAGGAUGGUAUCUACCUGUAUACCAUGCCUGUGCCGCCACCCGUGUGCCCAGAAGUAUGAAGGUGCCGCCCCCCGGCCUCUCAUGCUCCUACGAGCUCCUGCCCAGCAACUCCCUCCUCAUGCCACAUCCCCCGUGAUUUUUUUUAAUAAAGGAAAGAAACGUGCUAAA